AUGAAUGAACUCAUGAAUAUUUCACAAGCAGAAGGGAUUGAUGAUGAAGACGAUUUUGAAAUGGAAGCCAUUGCUCUUUCAAGUCCAACACCAGAACAAGAAUUUGGACAUGUAUUAAACAAGAAUAAUGACACAAAAAAGGAAACUCAGGUUUUACAUAACAAAGUGGGUAUGAAGAUGGCAAGGGUUAUGGAUACAAUAAGACAGAAUUUUGUGGCAGCCCAAAGGUUUAUUGAGGAUCAGUGGCUACAACGAUAUGGUUGUGGAGGCAAUUCAGACAUAACAAGGGCUUACCAGGUUUGGCCAGGGAAUAAUGUACGUGUUUUUUUCCAUGGACGACUCAUAUGUGGCCCAGAUCCUAGGGGAUUGCUGUUAACAACUGUUUCGAUAAUACUUUCAAGUUGGAUUUUUGCCAUGUAUAGUAGGGAUGAUUUGCAGCAAGAUUCCGGUCUCAUUAUAGCCUUUUCCUUGGUUUUAACAGUUAUUGUUCUGGUUAACUUGUUUCUGGUUAGUACAACUGAUCCAGGAAUUAUUCCUAGAAAUGAUGGAUCAUCGAUUGAGGAAACUGCUGGCACGAGUGAUGGAACCAGGAAAAAGAGGGUAACUGUUAAUGGGGUGGAGAUCAAACUAAAAUAUUGCCGCAUUUGCAAGAUUUUUAGGCCUCCCAGGAGUUGCCAUUGCGCCAUCUGUGAUAAUUGUGUCGAAAAAUUUGAUCACCAUUGCCCGUGGAUCGGUCAAUGCAUUGCACUGAGAAACUACCGAUUUUACCUAACAUUCAUCGUGUCAGCCUUGAUUUUCUUUAUUUACGUAUUUUCAUUCUCGUGCUGGAGAAUCCAUCGAAGAAUGCUGAGAACUGGCACUGGAUUACUUGGAAUGCUGAAGAACUGUCCUGAAACUCUAGCAUUAGUAUCAUUUAGUUUUGCUACUAUCUGGUUCUUAGGCAGCCUUACUAUCUUCCAUGUAUUUCUGCUUGCAAGAAAUCAGACAGGCUAUGAGAGUUUCCGUCAAUGCUACAUGGGGUCACAAAAUCCAUUUGACAAAGGGGCACUCAGUAAUAUUAUGGAGGUUUUGUUUGAACAAUUGCCGCCUUCUAGAGUUGAUUUCCGAGCUGAAGUAGUAAAUGCGAAGAGGGUAGCCAAACGCUGA